GUGCUGAUGUUGGAGCCGGUUAGCGAACCCCAAGAGUGCAGUGUGGAGCGUGAAGCGCGCGGGCUGUGCACGCUUGAUCGGGCUCCCGGGCCAGCACUGUCUUAGCCAGGGAGAGAGGACACUUUGCGAACAAUGAGACACGAAGCUCCCAUGCAGAUGGCCUCUGCCCAAGAUGCCAGGUACGGCCAGAAAGACUCCUCUGAUCAGAACUUUGACUACAUGUUCAAAUUGCUUAUCAUUGGCAAUAGCAGUGUGGGGAAAACAUCUUUUCUGUUCCGUUACGCGGAUGACUCCUUUACAUCUGCAUUCGUCAGCACAGUUGGGAUUGAUUUCAAAGUCAAAACUGUAUUCAAAAAUGAAAAGAGAAUCAAGCUUCAGAUUUGGGACACAGCAGGCCAGGAAAGAUACAGGACUAUCACCACAGCCUAUUAUCGUGGAGCCAUGGGCUUUAUUUUAAUGUAUGACAUCACAAAUGAAGAAUCCUUCAAUGCAGUACAGGAUUGGUCAACUCAAAUCAAAACAUACUCAUGGGAUAAUGCCCAGGUUAUCCUGGUUGGAAACAAAUGUGACAUGGAAGAUGAGCGAGUCAUCUCAACUGAGAGGGGCCAACAUUUAGGAGAACAGCUUGGUUUUGAGUUUUUUGAAACAAGUGCCAAGGAUAACGUUAAUGUGAAGCAGACAUUUGAGCGUCUCGUGGAUAUCAUCUGCGACAAAAUGUCCGAGAGUUUGGAGACAGAUCCAGCCAUCACUGCCGCAAAGCAGAACACGAGGCUCAGGGAAACCCCUCCUCCACCGCAGCCCAACUGUGGCUGUUAGUGUCCCGGUACAGGCAGCUCCAGAGGGGUUGGUUGCUAAAAGUAGCAUUUAUAAAUGGUCAAUUAGCCUUCAUUUAUACUGCCUAAUAAUUAUUUGAGGGAAAUCUUUGAUGUCUGUGGCUCGAACAUGCAUUCAAUUCCGGGGAGAUUUCUGGUGUUAAUAAGUGGCAAAUAUGUGAUCUUAACUUUGUAAGGACUAUCCAUCUAUAAACAUCUGAUGUUUGCAUGUGAUUUGUUAUUUGUCUUCUAGGCUCUUUUUGUUUCAGGUUUCUUAGAUUAAGCUACUGCUGGGACCUCUGAUUAUAAUUUCAGUACAACUGUGUUUUGGGCUAUGGGUUCAACUUAUGCUCUUCACUUGUAGGGAUGACAACCAAGAAAUUGGUUGUGUGUGUGGUGUGAGCAGGGCGAGAUCUCAGGAGGCCUUAUUUGCUUUACUCUCAAUCGAAAAUCAAGUGGAAAUGUUACUCAUGCUUAGGGAGACUGUCAUGGGUCUGGUUGGUUUGCUGUUCAGGAAAGGUAUCUAUUUUUCAGUGUUAUUAUAACUGAGAAGACCGUUGACUAUAAAGAAAUUGAAAUAUUGUUUAAGGCCCUUGCAAAUUUACCAAGAGAUUAAUAUUUACCUGACUGGAAGUAGAUUUUAACAGUAGUCUUAGUUUAGAUGUUUAAAUAAGGAAUACAUAACCCAGGACUGCACCAGCCAACGUUCUGAAUAUUUGAGGGCACUGACAGACCGAGGUAUCUGCUGAAUGUGUUAUGUAACAAGCGUCUUAACCAAGAAGGAUAUGAGUAGCAGUGGGAUUCCAAGGCCUGAGCUCCCCCCGCCCCGUGACAUAUACUACCACGACUUUCUGGAACAAUCACCAACUCUUGGAACAGAGGUUACGUUGAAGCUUGUUAGAGCCCCUCUUCCCAUAGGAUGUAGGCUUGCUUCCCCAAACAUUGCCUUCUGCUCGCACCUCCCUAGGUUCUUUUACCUGGCUAGAAGUCAGUUAAACAGUAUCUCCAUGGCUCUCAGAUUGAGGAAAAGACAAUUAUCAUCUCUAAUCUUUUUCAAUCCAAGUAUUUAUACCUUUAAGGCAUAUCCCCAUUCUGUAAGCCUUUAAACAUGCUUAAGUUACUCAGAGACCUCUCUCUGGAGCUGAGAGUUACAGAAAAAUCUUAGGGUGCCAUAAGCAAUUUGAGAGGAGAAAGGAAACCAUUUGGACACCCAGAUUCUUUCUCCUAGAGAUUCUUUCUCCUGGAUUUCCUGAGGACCAUAUAUGAUUAACAAGCAAACUAAUCCCAGCAGCGAUUCUAAGUGAG